GAGGCCGCCCCAGCCUCUUAAGGCCCGGGUGUGUGGCGAGGGGGCCCCUCCGUCUGCACCCGAGAAGCUGCUGUGCUGCCGCAGCCAUGGCCCUGCUCCGAGGUAUAUUCAUUGUUGCUGCUAAGCGAACACCUUUUGGGGCUUAUGGAGGUCUCCUCAAAGACUUCACAGCUACUGACUUGACUGAAUUUGCUGCCAAGGCUGCCUUGACUGCUGGGAAAGUUUCACCUGAAACUAUUGACAGUGUCAUUGUAGGCAAUGUCAUGCAGAGUUCUUCAGAUGCUGCUUACUUGGCCAGGCAUGUUGGCUUACGUGUGGGAGUUCCAAAAGAGACCCCAGCUCUCACUGUUAAUAGGCUCUGUGGCUCUGGCUUCCAGUCCAUUGUGAGCGGGUGUCAGGAGAUCUGUGUUAAAGAUGCUGAAGUAGUCUUGUGUGGAGGGACCGAAAGCAUGAGCCAAGCUCCCUACUGUGUCAGAAACGCGCGUUUUGGAACCAAGUUUGGAGUAGAUCUUAAGCUGGAAGAUACUUUGUGGGCAGGAUUAACAGAUCAACACAUCCAACUCCCCAUGGGAAUUACCGCAGAAAAUCUUGCAUCAAAACAUAAAAUAAGCAGAGAAGACUGUGACAAAUAUGCCCUGCAGUCACAGCAGAGGUGGAAAGCUGCUAAUGAUGCUGGCUAUUUUAACAAUGAGAUGGCACCAAUUGAGGUGAAGACUAGGAAAGGAAAACAGACAAUGCAAAUAGAUGAGCAUGCGCGACCCCAAACCACCCUGGAACAGUUAAAUAAACUUCCUCCAGUAUUCAAGAAGGAAGGAACAGUUACUGCAGGGAACGCAUCGGGAGUAUCUGACGGUGCUGGAGCUGUUAUUAUAGCCAGUGAAGAUGCAGUUAAGAAACAUAACUUCACACCACUGGCCAGAAUUGUGGGCCAUUUUGUGUCUGGAUGUGAUCCCUCUAUCAUGGGUAUUGGUCCUGUCCCUGCUAUCACUGGGGCACUGAAGAAAACAGGACUGAGUCUUAAAGACAUGGACUUGGUGGAGGUGAAUGAAGCUUUUGCUCCCCAGUACUUAGCAGUUGAGAAAAGUUUGGAUCUUGACCCAAGUAAAACCAACGUUAAUGGAGGAGCCAUUGCUUUGGGUCACCCAUUGGGAGGAUCAGGAUCAAGAAUCAUGUCACACCUGGUUCAUGAAUUAAGGCGUCGAGGUGGAAAAUAUGCUGUUGGAUCCGCUUGCAUUGGAGGUGGCCAGGGUAUCGCUGUCAUCAUUGAGCGCAUGGCCUGAGCCACACAGACAGCCCUGUGGCCCACCCACGCCGACUGCACUUGGACAAGCACUGCCACUGGACGUGACUUGAGUAUGAUCAAGGGAUGGGGAGGCAAAGAUCAGCUCAUCACGAAUGAGAGCCCAUGCCAGAAUAAGUUCUCUCAUUUGCACCAGAUAUAUAUUUGAACUAAAAUCCAACUAUAGAAGACCUUGAAAAGGAAUUUUAUCAUUGCCAAAUAACCGCCUCUGAUGCCUUAGAUAACAGGGUUGCAAUGAAACUGAAUAAAUAUUGCCUUAACUUCAGUCUAGUGUU